UUCUUUUUCUGUGCAACUCGUCGAUAUAACAAUAUUUCGAUAUGGGACGUGUUAUCAGAGCACAACGUAAGGGUGCUGGAUCUAUCUUUAGAUCACACACCAAGAAACGCAAGGGAGCACCUAAACUUCGUCCAUUGGAUUAUGCAGAACGUUCAGGAUAUUUGAAGGGUGUUAUUAAAGAAAUAAUCCACGAUCCCGGUCGUGGUGCACCUUUAGCUGUCGUUCAUUUCCGCGAUCCUUAUCGCUACAAAGUCCGCAAGGAGUUAUUCAUUGCUGUUGAAGGAAUGUAUACUGGUCAAUUUGUAUACUGUGGAAAGAAAGCUCAACUUACAGUUGGCAAUGUGUUACCUUUAGGACUUAUGCCUGAAGGAACAAUCGUUUGUAACGUUGAAGAAAAAACCGGAGAUCGUGGAAAGAUUGCACGUACCUCUGGCAACUAUGCUGCAGUUAUUGCUCACAAUCCAGAUACCAAGCGUACUCGUGUUAAGCUUCCAUCAGGUGCAAAAAAAGUUCUUUCUUCAUCGAAUCGCGCCAUGGUUGGAAUUGUUGCUGGAGGUGGACGAAUUGACAAGCCUAUCCUGAAGGCAGGACGUGCUUAUCACAAAUACAAGGUGAAACGUAAUUCAUGGCCAAAGGUUCGUGGUGUGGCUAUGAAUCCAGUUGAACAUCCCCAUGGUGGUGGUAACCAUCAGCAUAUUGGUAAGGCUUCUACAGUCAUGCGUGGAACUCCCGCUGGUCGUAAAGUCGGUCUCAUUGCUGCUCGUCGUACCGGUCGUAUUCGUGGUGGCAAGGGAGAUGAAGGAAAAGGCAAAGAGAAAGAAAAGAACAUGCAACAUUCUGCAGACAUUUUUUUUGUUAACAAAUAUCAAAAGUUAAUGUGCAUAAAAUACAAAAAAAAAGGCAAAAUGCCCAUCAAUCAAGAUUUGAAGCCUCCAAAACUUGAUUUAUCAGCCCCACCGGCUUACAGUCGCGUCGACAAUCAUCCGCAAACAGUUCAAUUGCCCCCAAUAAUUGAAAGUGACGCAAAUCCUCAUGGAAAACUACCAACAUAUGAAGAAGUUCAAAUGGAGAAAAUUCUGAAUGACGAAUUGCCAAUCCCUCAAAUGCUAAAUCCUCCGCCCCCACCUCCAAUCCAUCAUUCAAUGCGAGCACCUUUACCAAUCCAGCAAAAUGAUAUGGCAUUUAUUGCGAUUGAAUCAGGAGACGGAGAGAUCAGUAGUGACAAUGGGCUUUUGGGGACAGACAUUGUAUUCGUAACAGCUUUCUUUGUGAGUUUCAUUUUUAACUGGGUUGGCUUCUUGAUGUUAACCUGCUUUUGUCACACAAUCGCUGGCCGAUAUGGAGCACUAUCUGGUUUUGGACUGUCGCUUGCAAAAUGGACAUUAAUUGUCAAACAUUCAACAGAUUUUGCGCACACCAGCAAUGACUGGCUGUGGUUUCUUAUUAUGACGUUUGGUAUUUUAAUUUGCAUUCGCGCGCUGCUACAAUAUCUGAGCAUUAAGAAGACAUGGAGGAUGCUUUCUUCGUCUGCCCAACAAAGACUUUUAUUUUUUUAUUAAACAAAACUACUUAUUUUUAACCGUAGCAUUCUUCAAAUGAAAAAAACUGGAAAGAAAGUUUCACAAAGCAUCAUAUUAAUUAAUGGACCACAAUAAUUAAAUUUGAGGAAAUGCAGAAAAAUCUAAAUAGUUAUAUACAGACUUCAUAGAUUUGUAUAUUUUUUUACUUCUCAGUUAGAAUAUUUCAAAAUAGUGUGUAGAUGAGAGAAAGAACAGAGUUUUUCGUCCAUUUAAGACAUUUAUGAUAUUUCUCAUCAAAGCCAAUUUUCUCUGUAGUUCUAAUUGUCAAGAACAACUUUUGAAGAAAGUGAAGAAAUAAAUUUUAGUUCCUAUUAUGAUUUAUAUUUUAUAAAUGUAACUUUCUUUCUAGUUGAGUUUGGAGUUUUUUUAAUGUUAUUUUUUAAUCGGAAGAAAAAGAAAUGGAAAAAUUUGAUUUGCAUAAUUAGAUAAGAUUUUUCAAAAAUUACACAGGCAAUUGUAAAUUAAUUAUCAUCAAUUUUGAAAUAAAGAAGUUUAAUAUUGUCCAUAUUUUAAUGUAACAUUGAAUUAUAAAAAAUAAAAGAAAAAAAAAUUAAACAUAGAUAUUGU